GAAAGGUUUGGGGGACCCUAGCUGCGGCCUGCAGCACCACUCCCGAGCACGGAGCCCGAGCCACGGACUGGACGGGCCCCCGCCCUGGAGCUAGAGCCUGGCGGGCUCGAGCGGUGCCCAGAGCCCCGUGUUCUGCGCCCCGCCCCCAGAGCGUCUCCCCUACGGCCCAGCUCUGCCGCUCCCCUCACACGGGGAGGAAGCGGCGGCGGCCGCGAGCGGAGCUGCCUGAGGCGGGGCGUGUGGGAGGCUCCCCAAGCGGAGCAGCCGGUUGGCUGCAGGCUCUGCGCGUCAGGGCCCUGGAGCCUCCCCGGGCCCGGAACCGGCACCGCGGAUUAGUGUCUGGGCUGGCGCGCGGCGGGUGGCCUGAGAGCGGCAUCCCUGCAGCCGGGUCUUCAAAAAAUUUCCUUUGCUGAAGGAAUCACUCUAGAAAGAGUUCAUCUUAUGAUGUCCAGUACUGUAUCCUCCAGGAUUUUAAGUUCUGCAAGAAACAGUAUCAUUGUUUUGCAAGGAAAAGGACGUUUGUACUCAAGAUGUAUCACAAUCAGAAACAAGAUGAAAUGGAAGUGUGGGUUUGCCAAAGGGCCUCUUUCCCCUUUUGUGCUGAGUUGGAGCAUCGACAAUGUCUUCACCUUAAAAAAAGCAUUCAGACAUACUUCAACUGAAGAAGAAGACUUCAGUCUUCAGUUGACAUCAUCACAAAUAAAUGAUAUACUAAGAGCAGAUGAAUUUUCUCAUAAAAUUCAUGACUUUGAUGGCAAAAACACAAAUUCUGUGCUGAAAUUUGAGAGUAACCAGCUGGCUGCCAACACACCUAAUGAAGAUCGUAGAAGUGCAGCCACAUGCUUACAGACCAAAGGGAUGAUGUUUGGGGUCUUUGAUGGUCAUGCAGGUUCUGCAUGUGCUCAGUCAGUAAGUCAGAGACUGUUGUAUUAUAUAGCUGUCUCUCUCAUGUCUCAACAAACGCUGGAAGAGAUUGAGUUUGCCAUGGAACACAUGAAACCAGUUCUGCCAAUUCUGCAGUGGUACAAGCAUCCAAAUGACAUGUACCGAGAAGUAGCCUCACUGUACUUGGAUCACCUCAGAGUUUAUUGGCAGGAACUAUUGAACCUAGAUGUAGAACUCGGAUUCAGUGUAGAAGAAGCCUUGAUAUAUGCAUUCAAAAGGUUAGAUUCAGAUAUAUCACUGGAAGCUCAGGCUCCCCUAGAAAAUGAAAUGAUGAGAAACAUUGCCCUUCAAGUGGCUUUUUCUGGUGCAACAGCCUGUGUGGCUCACAUUGACAGUGUUCACUUACACAUUGCAAAUGCUGGGGAUUGCAGGGCAAUCCUAGGGGUUCAAGAAGAAGAUGGAAUGUGGUCUGCACUCUCUCUUACUGGAGACCACAAUGCUUUCAAUGAAGCAGAAAUCAGAAGGUUAAAGGGAGAACAUCCUAAAUCUGAGGAGGAAACUGUAAUCAUAAACAACAGGCUGCUGGGGAUUCUCAUGCCCUCUAGAGCUUUCGGAGAUGUCAGAUUCAAAUGGAGUAAAGAACUGCAACACAAUAUUCUGGAGAAUGGUUGUGAUGUUGAGGCUUUAAAUAUUUAUCAGUAUGCUCCUCCCAAUUACUAUACGCCUCCCUAUUUAAUUGCAGAGCCUGAAGUCACCUACCAUAAACUAAGAUGUCAAGAUAAAUUUCUAGUUAUUGCUUCAGAUGGACUGUGGGACAUGCUGAACAAUGAGGAUGUCAUAAAACUUGUUGCAGAACACCUAGCACAAGCUAAUGUACAGAAACCAAGGAUGACUGUUCAGAAACCAGCCAGCCUGGGUUACAUGCGAAGUCUGCUGCGUCAUAGAAAAGCCAGGGGUGUUGGCUCAUAUGACCAGAAUAUAGCCACUCACCUAAUAAGGCACGCAAUUGGAGAUAAUGAAUAUGGAGAGAUAGACCAAGAGAGACUUGCUGCAAUGUUGACUUUACCUGAAGAUCUAGCAAGGAUGUAUAGAGAUGACAUCACUGUUACUGUGGUAUAUUUUAAUUCAGAUACAAUUGACAGCUACUACAAAGAAAAUGAAUAGGGGUUGCAUUAAUAUUGUACCAUAUAAUAGCCAACUCUGAUACUGGGGACCAUUAAUGUUUACUUCCACUAAUAGUCAAGCCAUUACAAAUGCUAUUGUCUGCAAGUCCCCUGUUCUUUAGUACUGAGUAGCCAUGAGCUCUUUUGGAAAUAGUUUUCUAGAACAACUAAUUUGUAAGACUUCUCUGGGCUCCCAGUUUUGUGCUGAUUGAAGUAAACUGUACUGCUAGCAGUUCAGCAGAAUGUAUGUGGAGGCAGGAAUGAAAGACAGUGAGCCUACUCCUGGUCCCAUUGACACCAAUGGCAAAACUCCUGAAGUGAACAAAAAGCAGACAAAUAUACUAGUUUAGAUCAAACUUGUCAGUGAUGGGUAGUACUUGUAACAGAACCAAGAGCAAAAAGGAGCCAUUGUUCAAAGGCCUCAUGUAAGAUAGGGUGGCCUCCUCUCAAAGUAUAGUAGUCAAAAUCUAGGACUGUGCACUAGGAAUGGACACUAGGUUGUAUCAGAUAUUUGAAACUGACUCCCUUAAACUAAAGUGUUUCCUUGUAUGCUUGGAAAUUAAUUUAAAACCAGACGGUAAACUUGGACUUUUGGGACUGCCAGACUACUUUUUGCUAAUCAUAUUUUAUGCCUAUUGUAAGGACACAAACCAUACAUUUUUUUUCAAGACUGGCUGACUUUAAAGUGUGAAACUGAAUAGAAACGGCAUGUGUGCGAACACAUACAUGUGUAACAAUCCACAGCCCUAGCGCACUUUAAAAUAGUUUACAAUCUUGUCUUUAGGAAUAUUAUAUAUUUCUAAUUUAAUGAGUACUUUUACUGCACCAACAGUACUUGAUUGGAUUAUUUUCUUAUGCAUAUUGUUUGACUUACUAAAAAUAAAUUUUAUAUUAGAAACUGCUGCUUUAGUGCACAAUAUUUCAUAGAUCAGUCUGUGAAAUUGCAAUUUAUAUAUUGUCCAUCUAUGUAUUUGGAAUUAAUAAGUGCAUCUGAAACUUAAACGUAGCAGUUAGAAACAAUACUGCAUUUACUUUUUCUUUAAAAAAUAGAAUUGACGACAAUACUGGCGUUUUACCAAAGAGAACUUCAUUCUUGUUUUUUCUAUUCCCCCUGCUUUUAGGACACGAACUGCUUAUGUCCAUGUGUACAAUGCUGUUUAAAUGCUCUUGAUUAUUAUUCAGAUCCUUAUUUCCCUGAUGAAUAUUUCUUUUUACAUUUUUUUUACAUUUAAAAACACUCAUGUGUGUAAGUUGUACUAAAAGAAGCAACAUUGUAUAGCUUUCUUUUAUACUCCACCUUCUAGAAUACCCUAUUUAAAGCUUGAAACUAGUUUUCCUUUUUUAAAAUCUGACCUAUACAGUGGUGUAGUGACUUUUUUUUGUUAUGCAUUGGCAUAAUUGUUGCCUUCAGGAAUGUGUAUACUGUAGUUCUGGGAACAGAGGCCUCGGUUUUACUGUGGUUGCUACCAGGAAAGUACCUGUGCGUGUGCUACAGAGCUAGUAAUAUGUGGAGCUCCACCCCCCCUUGUGCUCCAUUUUUAAAAAAGGGUGGCUUUUUUCUUAAUUUUCUUGCAUGUUAGAGUGUUAAAGAUAUCUAAAGUUCAGAAGAUAUUUCUCCUCCUAGUAACUGUAAAGUAGAUAAAAUCUUGGGCCUAAAUUAGUAGCAUUUGUGUCAUGUGGCUUUUCCAAAAAACAAUUUAUUUAUUCAUCAGUAUAAACCAUCUAUUAAUGGUUUGUAGAGCAUUUAAAUAAGAUCCCACAUUAAAGCUACCUGGGAAACUGUACAAACUGUUAAAAAUACUAAUAUGGAUGAUUAAUUGUAGGCAGAUUUGGGACAAUCAAGUGUAUGUAUUUUGAUGUUACGCUAACAAUUAUUGCACCCCUGGUUGCAACCGUCACAGCUUUCUCUCCAUAUUAUCUAAAUGUUCUUUUCCCUCAGAUAUGACUGUCUUGAUUUAUGGGUCCCAGUACCUGAAAGCACUUAAGCAUAUGUGUAACUUUAAGCCCAUGCUUAACUGCUUUGCAUAAUAAGGGACGCUUUCCUGAAUCAGGAUCCUAGCACCAUAUAAGCAAAAUACCUUAAAGUACUUUGUUUAGCACAUAUCAGAGCAGAAAAGGCAAUUUAACUUUGAGGCAGCUGGCAUUUUUUCUAUUGCUAAUCAAAUGUGGCAUUUCUGUGCUUAAAGUAUACAGCAGAAAGGAUGGCUGAAGGAAGAAGCUUUGAGUCUUGGAUUGGAAGCUGAAGGAAAAAUGUGUGUGUGUUUGUCGGGGGUGGGGGAAUGUUAUAGGGGGUGUUGAAGUUUUGGUGUCUCAGUCUCAUUUAGUCUUAAUCCAUCCCUACCUGUUCGGGUGGCAUUGGGCUCGCUGACAUCUCUCAUUUGGAAGAAGAGGAGAGAGGAUGUGGAGGAGGAAUUGUAGGUUGUAAAGCUAAGGAGGAGACUAGUCUCGGAGCAAGUUUUUUGAGAGCCCUCCCCAAACCGCUAGUUCCCAUUUAGCCUUAAUCUCUCUGAAUGGUUUAAGUGGGAUAUCUUUUCCCAUAUUCCUACACUUGGUUUUUUGAAAGUGUCUAUGCAUGAGCAGCUGUAUGGUUUCAUUAUUUACAUCAGUCAGACUGUAGCCAUAAAAAUAGUGCUGUAAAGGAGUGUAUAUCUAGACUACCUAUACUAGAUAAGGGAGCUAUAUCAGUAGUGAUGUGGCUACAAGAACAAAGGGUGCUAGACUCUGAUAGAGCAGCUAAAAUCAAAACUUUAUAUAUAU